UUGAUGAAAUUUGUUUGCAAAAGAUAAUUUACAAGUUUGCUUGCUUGCAUUUGCAAUGCGUUAGUUCAUAGCAAUUCGCAUUUUACUAAAGAUUCUAAACUAUAAAAUAUUUUUAAUAAUAAUAACUACAAGAAACUUGUGUUUUAAAUAUACCCUGAAGAGAAUACUACAAUCGUUUUGCGAAGUGUACUAAAUUAUAAUAUUACAAUGACAGAUGUUAUGACUGCCGAAGAAGCAAAGCAGGAUCGAGUGGCGAGUAUUCUGAAUGGUUUCCAAGUAAAUUGGAUGAAUUUACGUGAUGCAGACACUAGUAAAAUUUUGUGGCAGCACAAUGAGGAUAUGUCAAACCCGGACGUAGAGCAUGAAGCGAGAGUGCCCAAGAGGAUUCUUAAGUGCAGAGUUGUGUCUCGGGAGAUCAAUUUCAGUUCUGUAGAAUCCAUGGAACGCUUCCGUUUAGAACAGAAAGUUCUCUUCAAAGGGCGGUGCCUGGAAGAAUGGUUUUUCGAAUUUGGUUAUGUCAUUCCAAACUCCACCAACACUUGGCAGUCCGUCAUCGAGUCCGCCCCUGAAUCUCAAAUGAUGCCAGCUAAUGUAUUAAAUGGAAAUGUGGUAAUAGAAACAAAAUUCUUCGACGGCGAUCUUCUCAUUACGACUUCCCGAGUGAGACUGUUCUAUGUCUAAGUACUUUAACACCGUAAGGCACCUAGUCAAUUGCUUUUAAUUAAAUACUAGUGUCCGAUCAAAGGUCGAUUUUUGGCGGAAGGUGAUUAACACGUUCUGAAAGAAAUUCAAUUGUUAUAACUGCUAUAGGUAGUAGCCGUGCAUCCGCGAAAGUGUUAUUAAGCUAUCACCACAAUUAACCCUAUCAAUCUAUCUAUCAAUCAAUCAAUCA